AUGUCCUAUCCUAUAGGCCGAGCAAAUGGCAACAACAGUAUCCAUGAAUAUGAAUAUGGAUAUGGUGUCGAGAAGGGUGACAGUAAGAGCUGCUUCAGUGGACACCCAACAAAGACUAUCUUACAAUCCCAAUGCUCCAAAAACCCCUUCAAAAACCUCAAUCCUAAACCCAAUCCCACCCCACCAACGCCACCCACAGCAACUACUUCCUCACCUACUGUUACUUUAACUGCUCAAAACGUUUCUGAGCUUCUCAAGCGCAAGACUGUUGUGGUUCAAGAACAAUUGGAUGAUUCAUAUUUAGGAUAUGAGAGAUGGCUGCCGAGUCCGCCCAAAGUGGAGAAGCCUCGAUCAGUAUUUAAUGCUGCAACUUUGGCAUAUAUUGGCGAUAGUAUAUUUGAGCUAUAUGCUCGUAGGCACUUUUUGUUUCCUCCAUUGAGUAUUGAGGAACAUAAUGACUGUGUGAUGGCAGUUGUACGCUGCGAAGCACAAGAUGCGUUGCUCCAGAAACUUCUUAAUGAUAAUUGCCUAUCAGAGGAAGAAAGUGGUGUUCUUCGUUGGGGAAAGAAUAUUGGUUCAUCUAAAACACGGACAAAAAAACGUGCUGGGGUAGCAGCUUACAACCGAGCAUCUUCACUGGAAACAUUAGUGGACAAGCAAGAUAGUGAGUCGAUCAAAGAACGUUUAGAAAGUUUAUGGUCUCACGUUGCAGCCAGAGGAUCUGGGUGGUUGAACCCAGUGGGCCCUAAUUAUUGGAAAUUGGCUAAACCUAACCAUGUUUAUAACAUGGGUUUGGUCCCAUCCCUGCCAAGUGCCGACGUAAGAGAAAGAGUUGUACUCCAAGGAUUGCACAUCACAGUGGUCCAACAAGUUGAAAGUUCUAAUUGUGGGGACUGA